AUGUCCAGCUACGUCAAGUUCAUGAAAGAUAUUCUAUCAAAUAAGAGGAAGCUAGAGGAAAAUGAAACUGUCAUGCUUACUAAGGAGAGUAGCGCAAUUCUCCAACAUAAUUUACCACUGAAGUUAAAAGAUCCAGGGAGUUUUACUAUUCCUUGUAACAUUGGUUUGGGGGAAGCAAAGUCGACAACAGUUUCACUGCAGUUGGCUGACAGGUCGAUCAAGCACCCUCGUGGUAUUUGUGAAGAUAUUUUGGUAAAGGUUGACAAGUUUAUCUUCCCAGCGAACUUCAUUAUUUUGGAUAUGGAGGAAGAUAGGGGCGUCUCCUUCAUAUUGGGUGGCCCAUUUUUGGCUAUGGGAAGGGCUCUAAUAGAUGUGCAAAAAUGUCAGUUGAUAUUGAGGUUAAAUGAAGAAGAACCGACAAUCAACAUAUUUAGAGCUUUCAGAUUUCAGAGCGUUCAGAUUUCAGAGCGAAUAGGAUUCUUACAUGCAGAUUGA